AAUGUACAAUCACUGUAUUCCAUAUUUGAAAAUGCAGGGCAUGGAAUAGCAUAUGAACACGCAUGAUGAUAGUAGUCGCAGUUUGGCCAAACCAGUUUAACGAUUAUACAUUCACCUAUCGACGUUAGCAGCUUUUAGAGUGGAUAAGAGAGCUUUUGUAAUCGUUUUCAAAGGCAAUGAUCCUGUAGUUACUGGUCUGCUAUAAUUGAUAGAUUAUUAGAAAACAGCUGUAAAGCAUUAAUAAGAUGUUCACAUCCAGUUAAAAACGCCCAUAACGUCAGAUAAACUUCUUAAUCAGACGCCACAAUGUCGAGAAUACGUCUUUCAAAAAUCGAGAGUUUAAACUUCGAAGCUGACGAAUACACAACUGGUAGGAGACUAGACCCCGUCCUGCAGCUCCAAUGCACUGGCAAAGGUAACAACUGCGCUUAUCAGCCUGAAAGCGUGCAUUGUGAAAAUAGGGGAUAUGACGACUACAGCAAUAAAAUACAAUGGAAAUGCACAACCAGCUUGCCCGCCAAUCUUAAAUUGGGUAAAGUUAAAGUGAACUGUGAACAAUGGGACGAAAACGGUGACGUAGAUUACAUUUUGAAGGGAUCAUGCGCUCUUAAAUAUAAUCUCGUCAGUGUCGACCAGGGAAGCGACAAAUCAGCAAGCACAUUCUUUGGCGUCAUCUUCUUCGUUAUUCUGGCCAUCAUCCUCUACAACCUCUUCUGUGGGGCGAGGAGACGUGAUACGAUGUCCGGCUCGUCAUAUGACCCAAAUGUUCCUCCGCCGCCGUACACCCCGAAGAACGACCAGUGGAGACCGGGUUUCUGGACAGGUUUGGGUGUUGGUGGUGCAGGCGCACACCUCUAUGAUCAAUUUCAAAAUCGUGACAGUCAUCAUCAUUCAGACAAUUUCGAUUCACGUCCCGGCCCAGCGACACAUUACGAGAGCUCAACGAGUUACGGCGGCACAGACACGCGCUAAGGAUAUGCUAAAUGCUAUGAAUUGUUAUGGUGUUGUAAAUUGUAAUAAUGCUGUAUUUUUAUAAACUCAACUCGAUGCAUCUAUUCCAGUCAGUUGGACAUCGCAUGUCGAUUGUGACUUACAGUAGACGAGUGUUCGUUUUAUGUAG